CGGACGACCGUAAAAGAGGCACACUUCAUUCGGUUUUUUUUCUCCCCCUCAGCACCUUCCAGGAAAGAAGAAAGAGGAGCUGCGCGGAAAUUAUUUAACGGUACGAAGCGCGGCACCGCGGCGGAGGAGUAUAGGCUCGGACGCGGGGUUCAGCUUGUGCACAAACCGGAGCAGCACUGUUGCUGACUUUUCUCCGCCUCUUGGUGUCGGAACGUGCGGAGUCUCCACAACAAACUGGUGUGGCGGACCCGGUGCCCAGGCGGAGAGUUCUUCAAGAUCUACAGUGGAAUGAAACCUGGAAUAAAUGUAAAGAAACAGCACUGAACUGAGGACAGCAGGGUGCUUAGGGCAGAGACGAGGCCGACCACAGCACAGGAGGCCUGGGGAAAUCAUUAACCGUGCACAAACACAUACAAAAUGACUGAGUGGAUCACAUUUCACCUUCCGUGUUCCUGAGACCGACACCCGGCUGUAGUCUCGGCCUUGGAGCCUGAGGAUUUCAUCCCCAGCAAAUUUACACCACCACACCUACAUCACAGAUUCUAACUGAGCCCCAGCUGAUCUUGGGGGGUCAACCCCCUCUGAAGAUCCCAGACCCGGGGACGGGACCCUGUCAUGUUUCACUGACUGACCACAACUCCUCGCCCCCACCCACCCCCCACACCUAGCGAAUGACAAGUGUGCAUCCGAGGGUGGGGCCCGCCUCAGUCUCGCAUGUUUGGCUGCUGGAUGGAAUUAAGGUGAAUGGAACACAUGCCCAAGGAGCAGGAGUCUAACCCAUCAGAGGGAGAAGAGAAAGGGUGGCUCAAUGGCCCAAAAAGGAAGAGGAAGACCAGCCAAUGUUCGGUGAAGAGUAUGACUGGAUAUAUCCCCAGCUACCUCGAGAAGGAUGAGCCAUGUGUGGUAUGUGGAGACAAAGCCACAGGUUACCACUACCGCUGCAUUACCUGCGAGGGCUGUAAGGGUUUUUUCCGUAGGACCAUUCAAAAGAACCUUCACCCCACCUACUCCUGUAAGUACGAUGGCUGCUGCAUCAUCGACAAGAUCACACGCAACCAAUGUCAGCUGUGCCGCUUCAAGAAGUGCAUUGCUGUGGGCAUGGCCAUGGACUUGGUGCUGGAUGACUCAAAACGGGUGGCUAAAAGGCGUCUGAUUGAGGAGAACCGGGAGCGACGGAAGAAGGAGGAAAUGGUGAAAUCCCUGCAAAACCGUCCAGAACCCACUGGGGAUGAGUGGCAGCUAAUCCACCUGGUGACUGAGGCCCAUCAACACACCAAUGCUCAGGGCUCCCAGUGGAAACAGAAUCGUAAAUUCCUGCCAGACAAAAUCGGCCACUCUCCUGUUGCCCCAACGUCAGAUGGUGAUAAGGUGGACCUGGAGGCAUUCAGCGAGUUCACCAAGAUCAUUACUCCUGCCAUCACCCGCGUUGUCGACUUUGCCAAAAAACUGCCCAUGUUCUCUGAGUUGCCUUGUGAAGAUCAAAUCAUCCUGUUGAAGGGUUGCUGCAUGGAGAUCAUGUCACUGCGAGCUGCUAUGCGCUAUGACCCAGAGAGCGAGACGCUAACGCUGAGUGGGGAGAUGGCAGUGAAGCGAGAGCAACUGAAGAAUGGCGGGUUGGGCGUGGUGUCGGAUGCCAUCUUUGAUCUGGGAAAAAGCCUGGCACAGUUCAACCUGGAUGACACGGAGGUGGCACUGUUGCAAGCUGUGCUGCUCAUGAGCUCAGACCGCUCUGGCCUCACAUGCAUGGAAAAGAUUGAGAAAUGUCAGGAGACCUACUUGCUGGCGUUCGAGCACUACAUCAACUACCGCAAGCACAACAUUCCCCACUUCUGGCCCAAGCUCCUGAUGAAGGUGACGGACCUGCGGAUGAUCGGAGCAUGCCACGCCAGCCGCUUCCUUCACAUGAAAGUGGAGUGUCCCAACGAACUCUUCCCACCGCUCUUCCUGGAAGUCUUUGAGGACCAGGAAGUGUGAAAGACAGCCGCCACCUGAAGGGAAGAAGAAGUUGGAGCAAACAGGAAGCUGGUUGAAUUUCGCCGGUUUUAUCGGGGAAGGAUGGAGGGGGGAGUCCUCUCAUCAGGAAGUGGUUUCUCCAACGCUGCAUUUAUAUGGUUUAAAAACUGGAAACAAUAACAGCAGCAGCACACCAGCAACAGGAGAGUCAAGCAAACAGAGGAUUUAGCUUUUUUGAGCAGUCUUUUCUCCACCUCGUUCUCCUCCCAUUUAUUCCUUACCCCUGAUUUACAGUCCGUGUGGGGGGCCCUUCUGUCUGAGCACGAUGUCUUAUCUUGUCAGAGUUUUGCCAAGACACGUACACAGAUAUUCAAAUGCACACAAACACACAGCCACAGCCUGUUUAACCUCAGUUACUCAGAGCAGCGCUCUCUUCAGGGUGCUGUUUGUCUUCUGGUUCUUUCUAGUUGUCAAAGAUCACACCGAUAUACACCUGUUUUUGAAGCCCGUCAGUAUUAUUUCUAAAUAAGUGCUACUGCAGAAAUUCAGAAAACAUGGACCACAGUGACGUUUACUGUAUCACUCGCAGUCAUACGGGCACAAGCAGCCAGCUAACACUGCACAGUAAAAUUUUUACUCUGUUGUCUGACGGGUGUAGAAGGGCAAAGCCGUCAGACCAACGCAAUUCCUCAAGUCAAACUGAGCCGUUACAGAGCUUCUUAGAUCCCAGUUCAACCGGUGCUAUAUUUAUAAGGCUACUCCAGUUUUAUGAAAUUGUGUUGUCUAGCUGUUUAAAUUGUGCAGACCAUGCCUCCAUAUCUACCUUCAUUUUUGUCAUCGGACCGUCUCCUGUGACAUACGUACACUCGCAUGCGCACACAAGUAUACACACACACACACAAGCAGACUUGCCUUGUCAUUGCUCAUGCUGCUGCGUCUUUACCCUCACAUGAAUGACAAUAAGCAUCUUCACUCUCUCAGAAGUCACACCAUCGAAAGAAAGAACGCGAUGAGAAAGGGAGAAAUGCCACGUGGGAGGGUAGAGGCGAGCGAAGGGAAUGGAAAGGAAGGAAUGAGCAGAAAGAGAGGGUGAAAAUAGCUUGUGGUGUCUGUAGAUUCAGAGCAGGGGUUGUUAGUAAAUCUGUGCCGCGGCCCCCCGCGCCCAGCACCUUAGGAGGGUUUGAAUAACAGCAACUACCAACAAGGAAACAGAGCUCGUCUUACAUACUCCCCCCCGACACACACACACACCGUUCUCUUACACAUCAACAUGAAAAUACACAGCAUAACCUCAGAGUAACAUGAAUGCCUCAUUUUGCUGUGCGCGCUGUGCGCACAAUGUCGCUACAUAGAAGCCCGAACCUGCAGUGUUUGUACCGAGUCCUCUCCAGGUGGACUCUGUUCCGUGUGGCCCUUCCAGGCUUCCAUACACAUUUGCCUUUUACAGUGUGUAUCACUGAGAGCAGGCAAAUGCCAAGAAGGCUACCAUUUACCUCAAAGCGGACACAUCCCCCAUCUGGGGGGGCGGUAAUUCUGCCCCUGUGGUGUCAGGCACUACCUCACCUCUCAGACACAGGGCAGCUGCGCACAGCCUGCUCACAGACACACACCGUUGAAGUUGGCACACAGUCGUAGUUGAAGACAAAGCAUUCAUAGCAUAUGUACACAGACACCAAAUGAAAUACCACUGAAGACAGGAGGGCCAGCCAUCCCCCAUGAUAUUAAGGUUUUUGCUGACUCCAGGGGAUGGUACCUAUUACAUUCUGUUUUUGUUACGCGGGACCACGUGUCAUCUGUUGAAAUUUGCAAACAUUUGUGUAAAAAUGGAAGCAACCUUGGACAAUGCAGAUGCACAGCCCAACUGACAUCUCUCAAAGCCAGAAGGUCAAGGAUAUGGAGUGAAUGGAAACAUCCUGGUGGCCAAGCCCAUUGGAUUAGCAUGCAUAGAAGGUGGCGCGUUCCACUAUCGGCUCAAGAUGGCUGCCGAUGGAUAUUGAUAAUGUUAUAAGGGACAUAGUGUACAUGCACGAUGGCUUAUUGUGGAGUGUUCCCAACUGAAGCCAAGCCUCUCCAGAGGUAACUCUUCAGUCUCCUUCAGUCUCUUGUCCAUUACCAGUGCUCACCACUAUGACAGUAACAUGCAAAAAUAUCCAUGCCAGAUGUGUCUGUGUACUUGUCUUGCAACAACAGGAGGAUAUCGAUGAAAAAAUAAAGCCCGCCCUGUUCAUUCCAGUUCUGGGGCCAAGCUAAAUGAAUCAAAAUCUGCUUUCUGUUAAACACCAAGCAGUAAUUCAGUCGUCAGCACUUCUACAGGAUACACUUUCUGCACCCGUCAGAUGUACCCAAGAUGAACGUGUGGCAGGGAUCAGGAGUAAUCACUGCAGAUGGUAAAAGCCUCAUUGUGUGAUGCUGGGAGGUGGCUGGAACAGGAAAACUACCUUCAAAGGAUCGGUCCAUUUGAUCUACAUUGGUUUCAGAAGAACUCACUCCACACGCGUCUCAGCUUCCUCCAUCCCUCGUUCUCAAGCCAGCAGCAAAGCCCUUCCUGCAGCCCGCUGAGACUGAAUAUCAUUUGGUAGUAUCAGCCCCUAUGCAGCGAGGCUGCAGAGUUUUUGCACGAUUGCAGUGGUUCUUCCUUCAGCCCUUGCCUAUUAAAUUUUAAACCAACACUCAUUUUAGGUUUCUUAUUAGUCGUCUCCACCGCCGCCCCUCACCUGCUAACGUACAUCCCAAACCACUCUAUGUAACAGAGGCUGGCAGUCAUCGUCUGCUCAGUCCCAAACCUGUUCCAGCAUCAGUAUUAGAUUAUUAUCACCCUCCUAUCCAACAAGUCUGCCAAUCAACUCCACUGGUGAAGUGACAGCCAUGGGUAAGGAGGGGGGGGGGGGGGGGGGGGGCGCUGCGUAGCACUUAUUAUAGCUGUCAAAAUAAUCCCCAUGAUGUUUGAAAUUUGGAGCAGCCUCCUUCCCGUUGUCAUCCUGUCUGUCCACCCACUCACCACUGCGUGGGUACUUCACAGUUUGGACCAGGAUCAUCGACAUCAAACAGGAUCCAGGCCUCUCCCUUGUGAGACAAGGCUGGCCAGAGCUACCCCUUUAAAGCAGCACCACCGACUGAAUGUGAACGGGAGAGCAACAGAGACUGACAGAGUGAACGCAAGAAGAAACUGACAAGGGCCUCGGCCGUCACUGCCAUUAUUGACACGGGUCAGAAGAGGAGAUGUGGCCGGUUGUAGAGACCAAUAAAAAACACUUGGACGAAGGGGUAAUGUGAAUACCUAUGAUUUCCCCUUUGUUCCCCGCAGCCCCACAUGAGUCCUUUUCUGCCCCUUUUGCCAGCUGACAACCCUAAAUGUCCUCUUUUCAGCUCCUUCAAAAAGGAUCGCCUCCAGUGUUACGGUGAGGAUCCCAACAGGUCUCGCAUUCCAGAGAUGCAGAUUUUCAAUUCCAACCCAUCUUUGUAAUAGAACUGAAAAAGGGAAGAAAGAAAAACUGUUGACGUCUUUUGUUCUCGUGAGCUAACUGAGUGUGUGCGUGGCAGUCGGGGUUAAAAUGCUGCUUUACCUUCUGAGUCUGACUUAGAUUAAGAGAGGAAAAAAAUACAAGAUAUAAAAAUUUAUUAUAAAUCCAUAAAACAAAGUGAAAAACAGAUGACUUUAA